UCCGAUGGGAACGUAGACUGUACUGGCGUAUCAUGGAUUGACACGUCGCGAACGACACCGUCUUUGGGCCGUACUCUACACGAAUAGUUGGAGCCCAAGAAAACUUUCAAGUCCUGGUCCAACGUUUUUGUACGACGUCGUUCAUAGCCAAAAAGAUUUGCUGGUUAGCUCCCUUCUGUUUCAUGAAUUCAAUGAUUAGGGUUAGGGUUUUCCGGCGAAACAAUUACAGUGGAGAACGACGUCGUUGCGCCAAUCGGAUCCAUUCCAUUCCAGAUUUUCACCGCUUUUUUUAGCGAUCAAUUUGGUAAAGAACGAUCAUGGUGGGAUUCAAGAACAGGUACAUGGUUGUGGAAGUUUUCUUGGAUCCCAAUAGAGACCUUGUGGGAGACGAUCCCAUUAUCAUAACCCAAUUCAAUGUCUCAAAGGCAAUCAAAGACAGCAUUCUUGUGAACUUUGGAGAGUGUGGUCUUGCUUCGUCGCUUGGGUCGUUCCAAGUAAAGUAUGUGAAUCCCAUUACGAAGGUUUGCAUUAUUAGAGCCUCAAGGGAGGAGUACCAAAAGGUUUGGUCUUCGAUUACCAUGGUUAGGAGUAUUGGAAAUUGCCCUGUGCUAUUCAACUUAUUGGACCUAAGUGGAAGCAUAAAGGCUUGUAAAAACGCAGCCUUGAAGUGCGAUGAGCUGAAAUUUGAACAGUACAAACUUAUAGUUGGGGCUCGUCUCUCAGCUGAUGCUACUCAGCAGAUGCAAAACUGUCUUGAUAAGAUCAAAGUUUUGGAGCACUAAAGUACUGCCUCUGUGGUGACCUACGGCUCGAUCAUAGUUGUAUGAUAGUUUGUGCCUUUUGAUCUCAAUUUGCUUUCUCUUUCUGACUAUGUAAAUCUUUCUCUCAAUUAUUGUCUAUUGAGUACUAUUUGGAAGAUGGUUGCAAAUUUGAUAUUUGAUUGGGCUAACCUAGUACAGACAUCUGAUUGAAUCAACUUUAUAUACCAACUUAGUACGUCAUGGAAUUAACCAUUUUUAGAUGCAUUUUUCAGUUCAAGUU